ACAGGGCCGUCGGGCUGGGUGCGGCGAGGAGGGGGGGUUGGCCUGGCCUGGGAAGAUUCAGCCGCCGACAUGCCUGGAAUAGACAAGCUGCCUAUCGAGGAGGCGCUGGAAGACAGUCCUCAGACACGAUCUUUACUGGGUGUAUUUGAAGAAGAUGCUGCUGCAAUUUCCAGAUAUAUCAACCAGCUGUAUAAAGCUAUGCAUCGAAUUUAUGAUGCACAGAAUGAACUCAGUGCGGCAACACAUUUGACUUCAAAGCUUCUAAAAGAAUAUGAGAAACAGCGCUUUCCUUUGGGUGGUGAUGAUGAAGUUAUGAAUUCUACUCUUCAGCAGUUUGCCAAAGUGAUAGAUGAGCUCAGUUCUUGUCAUGCGGUACUAUCAACUCAAUUAGCAGAUGCCAUGAUGUUUCCUAUCACACAGUUCAAAGAAAGAGAUAUAAAAGAAAUUCUGACUUUGAAAGAGGUUUUCCAGCUCUCCAGCAAUGAUCAUGAUGCUGCAAUUACCAGAUAUAGUCGACUGUCAAAAAAAAGAGAAAAUGAGAAGGUCAAAUAUGAAGUUACAGAAGAUGUAUAUACUUCUCGGAAAAAACAACAUCAGACUAUGAUGCAUUACUUCUGUGCAUUAAAUACACUGCAGUAUAAGAAGAAAAUUGCUAUGUUGGAACCCUUACUAGGUUAUAUGCAGGCUCAGAUUAACUUCUUUAAGAUGGGCUCAGAAAACCUUUCUGAACAGCUGGAAGAAUUUUUAACAAAUAUCGGGACAAGUGUGCAGGACGUUCGCAGGGAAAUGGAUCAUGAAGUGGAGACGAUGCAACAGACUAUAGAAGAUUUGGAAAUAGCCAGUGAUCAACUUUAUUUACCAGAUCCUGAUACUACAAAAUUUUUGGUCCAAAGAAACCUUACUCGCAAGGCUGGUUAUCUAAAUGCAAGAAAUAAAACAGGACUGGUGUCUUCCAGUUGGGACAGACAGUUUUACUUCACACAGGGUGGAAACUUAAUGAGCCAAGGAAGAGGUGAAGUUGCUGGAGGGCUGGUAAUGGAUAUAGACAAUUGUUCAGUAAUGGCUGUGGAUUGUGAAGACCGAAGAUACUGCUUUCAAAUAACAUCUUUUGAUGGCAAAAAGUCUUCAAUUUUGCAAGCUGAGAGCAGAAAAGAUUACGAAGAAUGGAUAUGCACAAUAAACAAUAUCUCUAAACAGAUUUACCUCACCGAAAACCCAGAGACAAUCUCGGCCUCCCACAAAUCGUACAAGUAGCACUGGAUCUUUGGGAUCUGAUUCAACGUCAUUGUCCGCACUUUCCUUGGACUCAAUCGUUGCACCUGAUACGCCUAUACAAUUUGAUAUCAUUUCUCCAGUAAGUGAAGACCAGCCUGGUCAAAUAAAAACUCCAGGCCAGUCAGGCAGACGUACAAAUCCUUUUGGAGAGUCUGGUAGAACCAAAUCAGAAACAGAAGAUUCUAUCCUUCAUCAGCUAUUUAUUAUAAGAUUCCUUGGCUCUAUGGAAGUGAAGUCAUAUGAAAGUCCUGAUGUUGUUUAUGAAACAAUGCGUCAAAUACUAGCAGCUCGAGCUAUACAUAACAUUUUCAGAAUGACAGAAUCACAUUUGUUAGUUACGUGCGAUUGUUUAAAGUUAGUUGAUCCACAAACACAAGUUACAAGACUCAGGUUUCCUUUGGCAAAUAUAGUUUUGUAUGCUACGCACCAGGAGAACAAGCGUCUUUUUGGAUUUGUUCUUCAUACGUCAGCAGGAAGAGCAGAUGGUAGACCAACUUCAGUCUGCUACAUAUUUGAAUCAAAUAACGAAGGGGAAAAGAUUUGUGAUUCCGUGGGACUUGCAAAACAGAUUGCAUUGCAUGCUGAAUUGGAUCGAAAAUCAUCAGAAAAGCAGAAAGAAUUAGAAAGAGAAAAGGAAAAAAAGCAAAAAGAGCUCAAUAAACAGAAACAAAUUGAAAAGGAUUUAGAAGAGCAAAGUCGAUUAAUUGCGGCUUCUAGUCGAUCCAACCAGAGUGUUGGUGAAGGACAGUUUGUAGUUCUUAGCAAUAGCCCAUCAGAAGACAGUGAUUUGGGUGAAGAUGGAAAGAAGAAGCAAGAAUCUGAUGCGUGAAACACCUUCAGUUAGAAGCCUUUGAACCUCUUAUCUGAAAUGAUAAAUUGAAAUGUAAAUUUACAAUUUACAAAACAAAUCAUGUAAAUUUAUUUUACAUGAUCCAACUCUGUAUUCUCACUCGUUAAGGUUGAUCUUUCUUAAAUGGCUCAGUGUAAAUAUGGAUUUUUGUUCUCAUACCAUAAAGAAACGUAGUGAAAUGUUCAUGGCUGUAGCAGAUUUGGAUAUUACAAAACUUAUUCUGUUUCAAUUACCUAGCUGUUCUGGUGACUUAGAAAGUAAUUUGUGUAACUUAAGAAGUAGAUAGAAAAUCUUUAUCUUCGGUUUCUUUUCUUUGUUUUCAGAGAGGUUUUGUUUUAGUCUCCUGCAGUAAAAUAAGAGAGUCUUGUUCUACUUUUAAAUACUAACAUUUGAUCUCAUAACAAUUGAGUCAUAUUAGUCUUCAAAGAGUCCUAAGCCUCUGAACAAAAAGCCAAUUUUGAUUUCUAAAAACGGCUGGGUCAAUAAUGGAAGCAGCCUGAUAACUUUUAAUUAAUGCUUUCGAUAGGCAUGUGCUUGUGUCUAGAGUGUAUGAGUUCAAGGAAAUCAGUGUCACUCCAAUAUUGUUUUAAGGUGAAAUAUGAGAAUAUCAUUUUUACUUGAAAUUUUACUGGCUGGUAGUGAUCUUGGCUUCUCCUCUUUAUCCAUAGAGCACUUUUAUGGAGGGUGGCAAAGACAUUCAACCAAACACUGGAAAGUACUUUGGAGUGUCAAUGCACUGUGUAUAUUUGUAACAUUAUACAAAUUGAUUUUUAAAUGUCUAGAUGAGAAUAAAGUGCAUACACUUCUAACAGAAUUGCCAUGAUUAUUGGAAUCAAGUUUUGUAAGUGUCUUCUCAUUAGCAAAAGUUGGAGAUUAUGUUGGUGAUAGAAACAGUUGCAUGGAAAAUCUGUCAGAUAAUUUUUCUAACACCUGUUGUCAUAUUUACCUAAAUCCACAUGCGAUAGAAAUACAUACAAAUUGCACACAUUUGCUAAAUCUGAGAAAAAACAGGCAGGUACUUAUAAUUCUAUAUCAGCUUAUUGAUUCGUGAAAAAUGUAGCAUGGAGUGAUUUUUCAUUCCAGUACGAGUAUACCAUAGAUACUGUAAGUUUAUCCUCUUUUAUAUUGAAAUGGGUAAGAAGAAAUUGUAUGGAAAUUGGAGGCAGAUCCCAGACUUUGGAGAAAAAACUGUUAACGGCCAAUUAACCUGGACUGGAAAAUCUUUUGAGAUCAAGUAGGGAUGUUUGUUCUUUGUUCUAAUUGCAAGGGAAUAAAAGAUGCUUGGAGACCCAAGAAAUAAAAGAGGAGCUUUGAUUGCUCACUGAGAAGUCUCCUGCCAAUUUUUGAAAGGUUUCCUUAUGUUUCAACUUGAGUAUAAAAUCGCAGAUAUGGAAAUCAUAUGUUCAAUUCUAUUUUAUGCAACCUCGCUCAAACUUGGCAAUAUCUGUUACAAUUGUUUAUCCACAGUUUACAGCUAUGUUUAAGCCACAUAAUACUAUGAAAUCAUAAAAUCAAAGUAAAUCACUAGUUCAUUUUAAACCAAUAGUGUGUAUAUUCUCUGUAAAGAUGUAUUAUAAUGUGAAUAAUACCAAAUGAUCUUUAUUAUAAAAAAGUUCACAGGCUACUGCUCUGGAGUUCGAAUGUACCCAUUUGCAGUUACUUACAAAAUCUAACUUGUAUGGAUUGUAUUCAGUGGCUUUAAUUCCCAGGUCAUAUUUUCUAGCGGGAAUGUUCUCUGGGUAGGAAAAAAAAGUAUGAUUUGGUUGUCUGAUAGGUUUAUUGCUUGGAGUCAGCAGUUCUGUUCUCGUUCUUCUGAAGGUAAACUCCACUGAACUGAGUGAAAUUUUACUUUUGCAUACAAAAGUAUACGGUAUGCGGUCAAGGCACAAAUGAACUUGGCAGUUGUGUUCUGUUGCUGGACAAGUGUAUUUUCUAAGUUGCCUUCUGUACUGAAUCAUAUUUCUAAGGACAACAUUCAAGUCAAAAUUGCUAUAUUUCUUUGAAUAAGAUAAUUAAUCUCUGAUGAACUAUAGAAACAUAUUUUGCCUGUAUUGUAAGCCAGAGACAUUCAAAUAAUUUUAUAGGAUUGAUUUAAAAAAUCAGGAUUGCUAUUUGUGAUAUCUCAACAAAAUUAUUACCCUGUUUAUUUUUCUUUUGUUUUCAUGAAACAAAUCACUGAAAUCACUUUCUUUCGACAAAUACAUGGGCUAACUAAGCACAUUUCUGCUUGAACAUUUUUUUUUCCCUCCCCUGUAGCAUAAUGUCCUUCACACUCCUGGGGAAAAUGAAUUGCACACAGGGACAUAUUUUUCUAAUUCAUGCAUGGAUAUUGUCAGGCAGUCAGUGAUCAUGACAUGGUGUAGGACUAAUCAUCCAUCAUGUAAAAGAGAAUGUUCCAUAAUGAAAUCUGUAAACGAACCAAGAGGUUUGAACAAGAAAUUGGGAUGACUUUUAUAAUACAGUGAAUUAAUCAGAAAGUAAAGAUUAAGUCUUGCUUCAGUGAUUGUGAUUUUUAAAUUGAAAGUUAAUUAAAACUCUUAAUUUCUCUUAAUAUUUGUAUUAAUAUUUAGUGAUUGUCUGCUCGAUAUUGUCAAUUGUAAAGUAAAAUCUUGAUACUAAUAAAACAAUUUGGGAAAAAAAUCAGCGAAAUCCAGUCAAUUUUAGAGGAUGCUUUUCUACAAUAUUUAUGUAAAUAUUUAGCAUUUGUUCUUCAAAGCACAUCAUAUAUUGGAAACAUAUAUUUCAAAAUACCUUUGUGAAAUGCAUUUUAAAUCUGUCAGUAAUGGAAGAAUAUCCAUAUAAAAGAGAUUCAUUUAUUGUACUUAAUAAAGCAAAACUAACAGCUG